ACCCCCUCCACCAAACUCUUUCUGAUCCCUAACCACUCAUUGAUUCUCUCCGCCUACCCUAACCGAACCCUCCUUCUCCCUCCGCCCUACUGUCCUCACCUCCUGUGUCCUGCUCCCCUUUUCUCUUUGCUGCAACAGUCUGCAUUGCUUCCUUUGCAAGAUUUGUAUCAUCAUGCGCUCGGACUGCAUGUGGGGGUUACUUUUGUUCCUGGCCCUUAGUUUGGGACAGACAAAGGCUCAGGACACCAAUUUCACCAGGCCUGUGUUCUACUGUGGAGGAGACCUGGUUGCUGAAUCAGGUUUUGUUGGCAGCGAGGGGUUCCCCGAAUUCUACAAACCGAACACCAAAUGCACCUGGCGUAUAUCUGUUCCAGAGGGUAACGUUGUCACACUCUCCUUCCGCAUCUUUGACCUGGAGGCUGAGUCACAGUGUCGCUACGACUAUCUUGAUAUUUACAAUGGACAAUCCAACUUGGUACAAAAACUGGGUCGUUUCUGCGGAACUUUCCGACCCGGCACUCAGAUAUCAACCACAAACACCAUGACGCUGGAGAUGGUGACAGAUGGAGAGACCCAGAGCAGAGGGUUUCUGGCCUAUUUCAGCGGAACAAAGCCUUAUGGAAAUGAUGAACAAUUCUGUGGGGGAAAGAUGACAAAAUCCCAGGGAGAGAUCAAGACGCCUAACUGGCCUGACAAGAAGUACCCACCAGGAACCAGCUGCUCCUGGCUCAUCACUGUGGAACCUAACAGGGUGAUCCAGGUGAAGUUUGACAAAUUUGUCCUGGAGGCUGACACCUAUUGUCGCUUUGACUAUGUUGCCUUCUUUAACGGAGGAGAGAGAGAUGAUUCUCGCCUAAUUGGAAAAUACUGCGGUGAUCAGACCCCUCAGCCCAUUAUCACCAGUGGCAACGAACUGCUGGUUCAGUUUGUGUCUGACCUCAGUGUCACAUCUGAUGGAUUCUUUGGCUACUAUAGCAGCAUCCCCCGUGGUUCUCAACCCAUGACUGUCGACUCAGGACCCAGUACAGGAGCCUCGGCGGGGCGAGUCAGACCUGCUGAAAAAGAAAAACCCGCUACAACCACGACGCAGCCACCCGCCCCAACCACCACAACAACUCCUCCAACAAAAAAACCUACACGAAAUCGAAAUAAUAAGAACGGAGGUCGUCCAAACCCACUUUGUGCCAGAGCCUGUAAAAGAGAUGGAACCAUUAAGACCAGUUUCUGCUCUAGUGAAUUUGUGAUAACUGGGAAGGUUAACUCUGUGUCUCCUGGACCACGAGGCACGGUUUCAAUUAACGUCUCCCUAAUUAAGACCUACAAAUCAGGACGCCUGACCAUCACACAGGUUGGAGAGACCAUGGCAGUGAAGCUUGUGUCACAGUGCAAGAGGUGUCCUUUGAUCAGUCGAGGUGGCAACUACAUCAUAAUGGGUCAGGUGGAUGAAGCUGGACGUGGCACUUUGGUACCUGGUGCAUUCACUGCUCAAUACAAAGCUGCGCACCACAGACUGUUGGUGAACAUCAGCAAACAACCAUGUUAAAACCCGUACUGCUGUCCUGGUCUGGAAAUUAAAUCUACAAUCUCAAUAAAAUAAGAACUCUUCAAAGUG